AUAAUAUCUGCUACUUGCUUUCUUCUUGGCUUUUGCUUCUCCCUCAAUCAACCCCUUUGGAGGACUGCUGCAAUAUCAACCUACAAGACUUGGAGGUAGCUUAUAUGGAGUUUGUUGGGUUAAUCUUUGAAGUGAUCAAGUGCAUAGGGGAACCCACUUGCACAUUCUUAGAUAAUCACAUGAAACUUGCAGAACGUGUGAAUGAUCUUAGAAGAAGAUUGAAUGAUCUGAAUAUCCGAAAGGAAGAUAUAGAAUCAAGACUGGAAGUAGAGGUUCGUCGUAGGAAAGUGGCAAAGAAAGAAGUGGAGAAAUGGCUUGGUGAUGUGCAAAGGAUGAAUGAUGAGUUGCAGAAGAUUGAACGGGAGCUCCAUGUCGUGUCAUACUUCUCACGUGCUCGCCUAGGAAAAUUAGUUCACAGCAAAACUGAAGAAGUGAAGGAAAUUUAUCAACAAGGCAUUUUCCCUGAUGGUGUGGCGAUCGAUAGGCCUCCAGCCACUGGAGUGACAUUGCAGACAACGGAUUUAGAAGGUGAAGCAAGAGCGAAAGAACAAAUUUGGAGAUACUUGAUGGGGGACGAGGUUGGAAUGAUUGCAGUCUGUGGAAUGGGUGGAAUAGGGAAAACUACGGUCAUGAAACAUAUCAACAAUCAGUUGUUGAAGGAGACACGGUUUGAUAAAGUGAUUUGGGUCACCGUAUCCAAAGAACUCAAUGUUAUCAAGUUACAGCAAGAUAUUGCUCUGGGUUUGAGUCGAUGUCUUCCUGAAGAUGAAUUGGAACGAGCAACCGAACUGAUGAAUAUCUUGAAAACAAAGAGACAUGUGUUGAUCUUAGAUGAUGUUUGGAAACGGUUUUCUUUAUUGGAUGUGGGAAUCCCUGAACCAACAUUACAGAAUGGAAGCAAAUUGGUAAUCACUAGCAGGUUAAUUGAUGUUUGUUUAUAUGGUUGUAAGGUGCUCAGAAUGCAACCUCUUUCAGAGGAGGAGUCCUUGCACUUAUUCUUGAAUCAAGUAGGGCGUAGUGUUCUACAGCUUCCAGCUUUAAAAGAAACUGUGAAGCUCAUUGUUCAGCAGUGCGGAGGUUUGCCGCUUGCCAUUGUUACAAUAGCAGGUAGCAUGAAGGGGGUGGAAGAUGUCCGUGAGUGGAGGAAUGCACUAAAUGGAUUACGUGGACGUUUGAAAAGUGUGAAAGGAUUAGAAGCUGACAUAUUCGAGUGUUUGAUAUUUAGUUAUGAACGUUUGGGAGAUCGAGAAUCCAAAAUUGCUUCCUAUUGCUCAUUAUAUCCUGAGGAUUAUGCAAUUGGGAGGAGAGAAUUAAUAGAAAAGUGGAUAGACGAGAAACUCAUUGAUGAAUGCGAGAGUAGACAAAUCAUGUAUGAUCAAGGGCAUUGUAUUUUAAAUAAGCUUGAAAACCAUUGUUUAUUAGAGAGGUGUCAAACUCAGAGUUUGUUUCAGGAGGAAGGAGUCAAGAUGCACGAUGUUUUGAGAGACAUGGCAUUGUCCAUAAAAGCAGGUCCUCGAUUCAUGGUGAAAGCUGGAAUGCAAUUGAAUGAAGUUCCGGGUGAGAAUGAAUGGACAGGGGAUCUUGACAAGGUUUCUUUGAUGCGCAAUUCAAUAUCAGAAAUUCCUCAGGACAUAUCACCAAAAUGCUACUUCUUGUCAACUUUGCUGCUGCAAGAAAAUGGUGGAAUAAAGAGGAUUUCAGAGUCUUUCUUUGAGCACAUGUGUGGGCUACAAGUUCUAGAUCUGUCUUAUACUGGCAUUUUGGAUCUCCCCAGUUGCAUCUCCAACUUGGAAAACCUUGUUUCCCUUGUACUUCGAGGUUGUGUCAAGUUAAGAGAUGUGCCUUCUUUGGCAAAGCUCAGAGCAUUGAGAAAGUUAGACCUCUUUAAUACAGCUAUUGAAGAGGUCCCCCAUGGCAUAGAAAUGUCAGUACACCUCACAUAUCUUGGUUUAUAUUCAGAGAGUCUAAAGGAGCUACCGAAAGGAAUAUUACCUAAGCUUUCCCAUCUCCAAUACUUGACAACCACAUUGUGUUUAAGAGGUGAGGAAGUAGCCAAAUUGAGGAAGCUAGAGACUUUUGCAGGUUUAUUCUAUGACUGGCAAGGCUUUCAGAAAUACGCCAAGUCUCUACUGGGUCAAUGGCCUACUAAUUAUGUGCUUGGAGUGGGAUCACUUUGGCCUCCUAAAGUCGAUUACAACUUGAUCAAGUAUUUUGAGAAACCUGAAUAUUAUAAAGAGAUAAAUUUUAUAAAUUGUGAGAUGGGGAAAGAAGACCAUGUAGCACUGCCAUAUGACCUUCAGUCUCUGAAUAUUAGGAACUGCCAUGGUCUGAUAAGCUUGAGUAAUAUCCCUUUGUUCCGUAAAGCAAAUGAUGAAGAGUGUUAUAUUAGUGAGUGUGAAGGGAUAGAGUGUGUGCUUGACUUGUUAUCGUCUUGCAACUCGCUUCAUAGCAUUGAGCUGCUAUUUCUGAAGGAAUUGUGCAACUUGCUUGAACUUGUUAGAGUACGUGUAGCAGUUGUAUCUGCUUCUUGCCCUCCAAAACCGCCUGCCAUCUUCUCUUCUCUUAAGAUAUUUGUUUUGGAAGAAUGUUCAAGGAUGAAGAAGUUGUUUACAGUUGAGCUGUUGCAGAGCCUCCAAAACUUAGAGGAAAUCGAAGUUAGAGCUUGUGAAAACUUGGAGGAAAUAAUAGAAACUGAAGGAGGAGAAGGAAGGGGUGCCGAUGAAACAACAUUCAUGCUUCCCAAACUAAAAGAAUUGUGGUUGAUCUGCUUACCAGAACUGAAAAGCUUUUGCAGGAGUGGAGCUAUGAUUCGUGCAGAUUCUCUUCAAUAUCUUUGGAUAACAGGAUGUCCUAAACUAAAGAGGAUCCCUUUGUUUCUCUCCUUGCUUGAUAAUGGGCAGCCAUCCCCUCCUCCCUCCCUCAAAGAACUGUGUAUAUGGCCUAGAGAAUGGUGGGAAUCAGUGGAAUGGGACGACCCCAUUGCUAAGGAUGUCCUUUCACCCUUUGUUGCUUACAAGAGCUUUUGAUUAGAAAGUGCCUGGACACACUCUCAGACUGGCAAUUAACCUAUUGCUUUUCCUGGAAAGCGGCAACAUCUUUGGUUGCACCUGAAUCUUGGACUAUAGUUUCAUGUGGUUCUUGCAGGACUCUCUCUAUCUGAAAUUUGCAUUGCAUAGUUACAUUUAGGAAUCUGUUUUGCCUUUUCUGUUUUUUCUGUAGAUUAUUUGAUCUCUUGCGAUUGACCGCAAACAUCUCUAUGGCUUUGUAAAUUGAAC